CUCCUGGUGCGCAGGCGCCAGGGAGGGUGGGAGGUCAGGUUCCCCCUGCUCAUGGUCUCUGAGUACUACCUUCUCUCCACCCCUUCUCCCUUCCUCCCUGCCCCAGCUAGUCCCCUCCCCUCCCCGCUCUCUCUAGGGGAGGGAGGGCGGGGAGAGGUAGGUGGGUGGGCAGUGUGCGCCUGCGCGGAACCCCGGUCCGGUCCUGAGCAGAGCGGCUCUGGGGUGGCUGGCGGUUGCCGUGGGGACCCGACCGCGCCCCUCCUUCCCCGCCCACCCCACUCCACCCCACCCCCCCAGUUCCUCGUCCUCCCCAGCUCCGGUGAAACCUUGCUUGCUCUAACUGACCCCAGCUCCUCCCCUCUCCCUUCCCCCCAUCCCCCCCCCCCGGCCCCCGAGCUGCAGCCGGAGACCGGGGGAAGAGGCGGCGCCCGCUUCCCAAGAUGUCGCAGACGGCCAUGUCCGAGACCUACGAUUUUUUAUUUAAGUUCUUGGUAAUUGGAAAUGCGGGAACUGGCAAAUCGUGCUUGCUUCAUCAGUUUAUUGAAAAGAAAUUCAAAGAUGAUUCAAAUCACACUAUAGGUGUGGAGUUUGGUUCAAAGAUAAUAAAUGUAGGUGGAAAAUAUGUAAAAUUACAAAUAUGGGAUACAGCAGGACAAGAACGAUUCAGGUCUGUGACAAGAAGUUACUAUAGAGGUGCAGCAGGAGCUCUACUAGUCUAUGAUAUUACCAGUCGAGAAACCUAUAAUGCACUUACUAAUUGGUUGACAGAUGCAAGAAUGCUAGCAAGUCAAAAUAUUGUCAUAAUACUCUGUGGAAACAAAAAAGAUCUGGAUGCAGAUCGUGAAGUUACUUUCUUAGAAGCUUCCAGGUUUGCCCAAGAAAAUGAACUUAUGUUUCUGGAAACAAGUGCAUUAACAGGGGAGAAUGUGGAAGAAGCUUUUGUUCAGUGUGCAAGAAAAAUACUCAAUAAAAUUGAAUCAGGUGAACUGGAUCCAGAAAGAAUGGGCUCAGGUAUUCAGUAUGGAGAUGCUGCCUUAAGACAGCUCAGAUCCCCGCGUCGAGCGCAAGCUCAAAGUGCUCAAGAAUGUGGCUGUUAAAUUUUUGGACACUAUAGAAACCUAAGCUCUAAAUACAAGUGAUAUUUGGGAAGCAACUGAUGAAGUUUCAUGGUUCUGCCGUUUUUAUCACGAUCUUUCCACUCUGUGUCUGCAGUAGACCAUUGUUGGGGGGAGAAAAAACAAGUACUUCAAGGUGUUAUGCAAGAUAGUCAGUAUGGCACAGCAGAUUAUAUAUAAUAAAUCUAAUUCAAUGGACAAUACAAUUAGAUGUAUACAUAGAUGUAAAAAUUUUCUGUUUCACAUCUUCCCUUUACAUUUCAUUUAAACGUUCCUGAAUCCUGCCUGUAUAUACUGUAGUGCAGUAAGUAGCUUUCCAAAGCAUGGUAUAUGAUGUACGAUAUAAUAGAAUGUUGCACUAAAUGCAGUUUAAUAUUUUUUUUAAUCAUAUGAACUAAAAUUUGUUAAUUGUGAGGAGUGCUUUUAUCAUCAUGUUUGUGUUGUAUUGCACAUUUGGUUAUAUUUAUGACCUAAAAUACAAAGUCACUGGCAUUGAUGGCCAGUGUAUUUCCUAUUUAAUUUUUUUGCCACAUGCUACACAAUGUUUACGUGAUUUACACUUGAAAUACGAGGUCAUUACUUUAAAAGUUCACUAAUAUAAGAAAAUAAAAUUGGAAAAUGAUUUUUCCAUUGAAAAUCCACCUGGACAGUUUUCUGUUGGUUUUUGAAGUAUUUUCCACAUAGCCAAACAUACUAAACAAAAAAUAUUACACUCCUUUGAAAAAUUUAUGUGACCAUGGAUCUUCAGAACUCUUCGUUUAUGUCUCCAGACUGCUAUUUUUUCCACCUAGCUUUUGAAGAGUAGAAUCUGAAUCAUUGACUUGGCUUAGGGAUUUGUUUUAUUUUUUUUUCUAAUCAACAUCAUAGCAUCAGGGUCCUUAGUCUUGUUAUGUUAUUGUUUCAUAACUGUUCUUUAGAAAAUUUACAUUGGGCUAAUUCUUAGAAAUUUAGUUUCCUUGGAUAUCUCAGCUUCCAUUCUGUUUUUUUCUCUCAUGAUAUGCAUUUAAAUCAAAGUGUUGGUAUAUGAUAAGUUAUUCAUGUCUCUCAGGUAUGAGUCAAAACUACAUAAUAAUACAAACAUAUGUGAGUUCAAGCUAUCUAAAAAUGCCUUAUUGCAAUUAUCACAUUUUUGUGGUUUUUAAUUCACAUAGGAUUAUCAAAGUAUAAACUAUAUUUUCAAUUUCAAAUAAGAAUUGUUGUAACAUUUUAAUAUAUCAUUACUUUAAAGGAAUCUCUGUGCAUAUAUGCUUAUAUAGAUAUGUAUUCAAUGGAAUGUUUCUUCAUGGUUAAAAGCAGUAUUAUUUAAGUCUGGUACUAAAGUGCAAAAAGUAUUCUUCAUCUUAAAUAUUUCUUUAUCUUUCCUCCCUUUGUGUCUUUUCCUUAUUCCUUAUUCGAAGUGAUUUGAUUGAUAGCAGCCAUUCACUUAACUUGACAUUUCAUGAAAAGCCACCCAUGCUGAUUUACUAAUGAACCAAGAUUGAGGAGCAGCUAAGCAAAUGAAUAGUGGUUUUGGUGAAGGAAUCAGUGUGUGUGUUAGAUAUUUUUGUUUUGCUUUUAGUUCCUUCAAUAUCUUAUUUUGAAAAAUCCAAAUCCUCAAUGAGUUUCUCAAUUUAAUAUUUUUUGGCAACUUAGGAAAUAUUUCACUUAAAAUCUCCUUUUCAUUUGACCCCUCACUUUUGAAGAUCUAUCAAAUUGGAUUCACUGAUCUUUGCAUAGCUUUUUUGCAUGGGAUUACAAGUGUAUAUUUGACAAGAUCUUAUGUCAGCUUGUCAAAGAACAAGAGCUUUUAAUUUUGAUUACACUUAAAUUUGGGGGUGGAAAGUAGAAUGACUAUUGCUAAACCAUGGCUACCAUGUACCUCUGAAACAAUAAAAGCUUUUGGCAAACCAAGCUAGGGUAAUUUUCAGUAAGGACACUUGUACUACUGGGAGGCAGAACAGGAGAGAGAAAUUGUUCUGAGUUACUCGUUCUAGUAACUAAUUACUAGUCAUGAAACUAUCAAGAAGCAUUUGUUUUUUUUUUUUUUAGCACCUCUGGAGUAUUUGAAUGGUAGCAGAAAUUAAUUUUUCAACUAUGGAAUUAGAAUUGUGGAUUAAUUUUUAAAUGGGCUUCUUUAAUAAAAUGAAAAAUUAUUAAUGUAGAAAUCUUACAGUUUUGUUUCAGAUAUGUGUAGUUGUCUUGAAGGAUGGGCAUAUUUAGACUCUUAGAAAUCUAGCUAAAGAAACCAAUAUUUUUAUACAGGGGUCUUUCUGGAAUUAGAAACUCAGAUGAUUUAUUUCAUACUGCAUCUAUUUUCUGUCUAGUUCUGGGCUCAUGUAUCAACAAGUAUCUCUUGUUCAUGUAACUUUUCUCACACAUCUAGCUCUAUGGUCUCCUUUGUUACUUGGAAACUUUUCUGUUGGGUUACCAUCCUAGCAACAGACUUCCUGAAACAGUGACAGUUAUGGUGAGGGGGAUGUGGCUGUGCUCUCAUUAGCAUCCUCCCUCAGAGGCCAGAGAGCACUGCUUAUUGAUACAGAGUAGCCUGGAGGGGGGAUCGUUUCUAGUGCAAUAGUUACAAAGGUAAGAACUAAAAUACUUUCUCCUCCCUUAGUCUGCUACAACAAAAGGCUGAUUUUUCAGUCUUGGAGCUGGAAAAAAAAUUAUCUUUUUAAAAAUUAGAACAUUUGUAUUGGUGACCCAGUAAUUAAAUAAGAGAACAUUUCAUGAAAACCCACAUGGUUCAAAAGUUUUAACACAUUUACAUCCUUAUUGAAUGUUAUUUUUCCCUAUUUCCAAAUUAGACUCUCCCCCAACCCCUGUAUAAUAAGCAGUAUACCUGAUUGUUAAAAUGUUUUCAUAUGUCUCCCCUCUCUUAUAAUGACUGUAUAAUGUAUUUUAUUUAUAAAGAAAAUUUUAAUGGCAUGCAUGUAUGUUGAACAUGUGCUCGUUUAGCCAGCGUAAGGCAAGAGUUCAGUCAUGUCACAAACUCGUUAGAGUUGCAAGAGCAUUUGCUCAGAUUCUAGGAUUGUCACGAUUUGGGUAUCCCCAAUAUAAUUUUUUCCUAGACUUCAAAUGCACAAAACAUUCUUCUUUCCGUUAUUCUGGUCUAUACUGAAACAUUUGUGGAGGACCUGCCAGGCACAUGUCGAUCCCAGAAAGCUUUGCAAAUGUUAGAGAACCAAAACAGGCUCACUACUGGAGAGACACUAAGAACAGUCGAAGCCUUCUAAGAGUCAUCUUGUUUAUCCACUGAUUAAAAGGCAUUCAAAAACCAAGGCCAACACAGACAGCAGGAGAGUCUCCUUUCCACCAAAUAAAAGAGAUUCCCAUUUUGUUAAUCCCAACUUCCUUCCAUGUGUUAUGUAAGGUUCUGGGAUAAAAGCUUCAAAAUAAGCCUGGUAUAUUGUGUUAGAAUAUCUUAGGAGGUAAAGAGGAGAAUAAAGUUGUUAAUCCAAAUGACUAAAAUGCUCCAAAUAUUUUGAGACAUUAGACUCACAAAAAUUUGUAGAUCUUUUCUCUGGUUCUUCACUUGGCAACUUCCAUACCUCCAUUUAAACAAUUUAAAAAAAAUUAAUCUGCUGAUGGCAGUAAAUAAAUCAUUUUUUAAAAAA